AUGGCAGACUUCGACGCAGCUGGUCAGGCUUUUUUAGCAUGGCUCCGUCGGUCUGGCACAGACAUCAGUCCCAAGGUCCAACUUGAGGACCUUCGAAGCAAAGGUGCGGGUAGAGGCGUAGUUGCUACACAGGAGAUCAGAGAACAUGAAGUCCUUUUUCGUAUACCCCGCUCCGCAGUCUUGAGUGUCGAAAACUCCAUCCUCUCCACCGAGAUCCCCACUUCGACAUUCGACCUCCUCGGGCCUUGGCUCUCCCUUAUCCUUGUCAUGCUGUAUGAGCACCUCAACGGCGAUGCUUCAAACUGGGCACCAUACUUUGCCGUCCUCCCCAAUGAGUUCAACACCUUGAUGUUCUGGUCUGAACAUGAGUUGGCGGAGCUUCAAGCCAGCGCCGUGCUGGCUAAGAUCGGGAGAGAAGGAGCGAAUGAGGCAUUCCUGGGCCAGCUCGUACCAGUCAUCAAAGAGUUUGCAGGAAUAUUCUUUUCGGGCGACAGCAGGGCAGCGCAAAAGGCUGAGGAGAUGCGCGACGAGAAGAACAUCACUUUGAUGCACAAGAUGGGCAGUCUAAUCAUGGCAUAUGCUUUUGACAUUGAGCCCGCUACACCGCGCAAGGAUGUCGACGAAGAGGGGUUUGCAGAGGAAGAGGAGGAUGAGGCUUUGCCCAAGGGCAUGAUUCCCUUGGCCGAUAUGCUCAACGCUGACGCAGAUCGUUGCAACGCACGGCUCUUCUACGAACAAAAAUACCUCGAGAUGAAGGCUCUCAAGCCGAUCAAAGCAGGUGAGGAGAUCUUCAAUGACUACGGGCCACUUCCUCGCUCGGAUCUACUACGUCGAUAUGGUUAUGUCACGGAGAACUACGCGCAGUAUGAUGUCGUUGAGGUUCCCAUGGAGCUCGUGUCUGAAGUUGCGACUGCAUCAGGAUCUUGGAUUGACCAAAGAUUGCAGUACUUGGACGAGCAGGAGGUUAUCGACUCAGGAUACGACAUCACAGCAAGCAGCCCUUUUACACUACAGGAGAGUCUCUCCCCGGAGCUUAUCAUCUUGGUCGAGUCCAUGCUGCUGCCAGAUGAAGAAUUUGAGCGCUUACAGCGCAAAAGCAAACUACCAAAGCCCGAGAAGAUCUCGUCCAAGGGCGCAGAGUUACUGCACAAGAUUGUGCAAGCACGACUCGCGCAAUACAAAACCACCUUGGAGCAUGAUCUGCAACUCGUGAAUGACGCGCCGACACCGGAUCCAUCUGAUGUGACAAGACAUCGACAGGCCAUGGCGCGAGCAGUGCGCAUUGGCGAAAAGCAGAUUUUGAGGCAGUUUGAAGAAGCGUUGGCUGAAAUGUUGGCAAGAGCUGGCGGUAUAGCAAAGAGGCAAAGAGAAGUGGACGAAGAAGGCGAUGUGGAAAUGGGAGGCACGGAGAAGAAGCCAAGGGCGUAA